UGCCAUGUUGUGUCGGGUUUAUCUUUGCUGUGACGAGGUGUUCCCAUACCUGCUUUUUCAAGGUCAACUCUGGAUUGAUCUUACUUAGUAUAGUUACAAUGAAAAAAAAAAUUAAUAGCAGUUUAAACGGAUGGUGUCGUUAUUUUUUCUUAUCAAUAAAAAUGUAACUGCCUAACACUAACAGAAGUUGGCUCCUGGGCCAUGUUUUUGUACUCAGAUCCUACAGAUGGACUUUUGUGUGACUUCCCCUAUAUGCUGACAAUUAUCUGAUAAACAAACAUCCAUACCAUGUGUUUUCCGUGACAGCCACGGAUCGUAGCCUUAGUGCUGGUACGUCCAUCGGUGUAUCAAGUUACGUUAAAUAGUGUACUCUGUUAUGUAAAUAUUGUACAGCAAAAACUGUUGAGUCAUAGGCACCAGUCAAGACAGAUUUUUCUCAUCACGCAAUGUCGAUGGGCGGGUCAUUGUGAAGCCGGGAACAGAGCUGCCAGGAUGGGGAAAGUCUGGUGUGGAUCAUGUACUCUCACCUUAGCGGCCAUAGUCGUCUUAUUAGGGAAACCUGUCGGCGCCAGUGAUUUCGACCACCAUGAAACGCUUGACGUUGAAGGAAAGUUCCGCAUUUUCUGGAAGUUUGACGACGAGAAAAUCGAGUUCGAGGCCCGGGUGCAGACGACAGGAUGGGUCGGCCUGGGUCUGUCCCCGAACGGAGGCAUGCCGGGAUCCGACAUCGCCAUCGGCUGGGUGAAAGACGGAAUUGCGCAUCUUACGGACCGGUACGCUGAGGCAAAGGCACAGCCCCGUAUGGACGAGAGUCAGGACUGGGAGCUGGUGUCUGGGUACGAGAACGAGACUCACACCGUCCUGAGGUUCAACAGGAAGCUGACGACGUGUGACGUCAGAGAUCGCGUCAUCAACGAGGACACCAUUCGUGUGCUGUGGGCGUGGCAUGAUGACGAUCCCGAGGACGAGUCCGGGGUGAGCGGCCCGACCUACCACGGGGCCAACAGGGGUGUCAAAAGCACGGUCCUUCUCAGCAACAUCAUCACUCCUACAAACAUCCAAGAAUCAUUGAACUACACGUUUGAUAUCUUGAUGAAAAAUGUCCCUGUUCCCUACGACAAGGACACGACGUACUGGUGCCGUGUGUUUCAGCUGCCGAACAUCACCAGCAAACACCACAUAGUAAAGUAUGAACCCAUUAUCACCCCUGGCAACGAAGGCGUGGUCCAUCAUCUGCUGAUCUACAGGUGUGACAAGCGUCAUCAAGUGACCAUACUGCCAGAUGGUGACCCGGGACAUGCGUGCGAGCCUCAAUUCUCUCGGCCAUGCUUUAACAUUUUGGCGGGAUGGGGAGUAGGUGUAGGGACCGUCCUCACUCCAGACCACGUUGGCUACCCCAUCGGUGAUGACGAGGAUAGCGGUUAUGUGAUCAUGGAGAUGCACUACGACAACCCUCAGCUGGCAUCAGUAUCACAUGCGGUAAUUGACCAGAGCUCCCUCCCCAACGACCUGGAGGUCAAGAGACUAUGCUUGUAG